AUGCACGGUUAUCUGAAACUAGUUUUAAUUAAUACAGUAUGCCCACAUUCUCUUGCACUCCUUCUGGCCAUUACUGAAAGAAAACCAGCACAAGCAGGUCCUGCGCCCGCAAGUCUUGAUAGCGAUAAGCCACACCUCAAGUCUUGGAAAAGAAAGAUGAUGUUUGUUCCUUUUGUAGCGGGUAUGUUCUUCUCAAGGAAGAGAAAGGCAAUAGAAAUCCUCCCCGACAGUGUGAAAACACUUUGGAACAAGUGGGAGCUUCGAAAUACAGUUGCAACAGCUUCACUUGGCGUGCUUUCCAUCAACCAAGGAGAAUCUGAAGGUGGUUUUGUAGACCCAAACUAUGUUAUAACAGUUUUUUGGGCACCAUUUCUUCUUCUGCACCUUGGUGGCCCUGAUACCAUUACUGCCUACUCCUUGGAAGACAAUGAAUUGUGGCUGAGGCACUUGCUUGGGCUACUUGUCCAGGUGGGAGGGGCUAUCUAUGUUUUCCUUACAGUAUGGAAAAGUACUAAUGCACUUUAUUUGAUGGCAAUUCCAAUAUUUUUUGCUGGGAUCAUCAAGUACGGAGAAAGGACAUGGGUUCUGAUGUCUGCGAGCAGUGAGCAUUUUAGAGACUCCAUGCUUCCUCCUCCUGAUCCUGGGCCCAAUUAUGCGAGAUUCGUGGAGGAGUAUAUGUCAAAGGAAAAGGAAGGGUUCAAGGUAUGUUCAGAAAAUAACCCUGAAGAUGGCAAAGAAGAUGAUUAUUCCUCUCCAGAUGCAGAAACUAAUAGCAGAAUUCCAGAAGCAGCCGUUAUAUGCAAGGCCUACAUGUUCUUCGAAAUUUUCAAAAGGCUGCCUGCAAAUCUUAUUCUAAGCUUUCAUAUUAUCCAGAAGAGUCAAUACAUUAUGCAGAGCAUCAGCGCUGAUGAAGCUUUCAAAGUGAUUGAGGUUGAGCUUGGAUUCAUGUAUGACAUGUUCUAUACAAAGGCAGUUUUGUUAUAUUCUGUUGCGGGGCGUCUUCUUCAUUUCGUCCCUUUUAUUUGCACUGUUUCUUUAUUUGUGAUUUUCUUGAAGACCGAGAAGCAUAUCUACUCGGGGGUAGAUGUAGCUAUUACUUACAUACUUCUGGUUGGAGCUAUUGUGCUAGAGAUUUAUGCAGCAGUUGUACUAGUUUGUUCAGACUGGACAAUACUAUGGCUGAGUCAGCAUGGGAAUUCGGGGGAUAUUUUGUAUCGUGCCAUCUCAUUGAUUCCAUGGCCUAGAAAAAAGAGGUGGUCUAAUGCCAUGGGACAUUUCAACCUAGUAAGGUACUGCCUUAAAGACAAGCCUGCCAUGUGCACAUUUAAACAGAGGUUUUUGUGGAUUUCAAAAUUAUUGGAGAAGUAUCGGUACCACAAAUCUGUGGAAGUUCCGCUGGAUUUGAAAGCCGUUAUCUUUGAUGAGCUUCAACAAAAAAUGGAAGCUAACCGUUCAGAUCUCAGAAAUCUCAAGAAAUUAUGUGCUUGA